AUGGAUCCUCCCAACGGCCUCAUCGUCUUCGGUCCAGACGCCAACUGUACCCUCGAUCUCUGCCCCCUCGAGUGGAGCGUCUACAAGUACCGACCCUCCCUAGCCGCCAAUGUCAUCUUCAUCGUGCUCUACGCCCUCGCCAUGGGCAUCCACAUCUUUCUCGGAAUCCGAUGGCGGACCUGGUUCUACAUGAUCUUUAUGAUCCUCGGCUGCUUGUUUGAGAUUAUUGGUUACAUUGGCCGUCUUCUCAUGUACAGCAACCCCUUUUCUUUCCCUGGAUUCAUGAUUCAGAUUGUGUUCAUCACUUCUGGUCCCGUAUUUUAUACUGCUGCUGUCUACGUGACUCUGUCCAAGACCAUCCAAUCUUUCGCCCCCGAAAUAUCUCGAUUCAGACCUGAGCUAGUCUGGUGGAUCUUUAUCCCCGCCGACAUUGUCUGCCUCACCCUCCAAGCCGCCGGAGGAGCCCUCUCGACAGUGAGCCAGGGCUCCAGUCAGACCGGUAUUGACGUCGCCAUGGCCGGUCUUGCCUUGCAGGUCGCCAUCCUCGUCCUUUUCUGCGUUCUUCUCGGUGACUAUCUGUUUCGAUACUUCCGCAGCGGGUCUGCCAGCGCGCUGAGCACUCGCAUGCGCAUCUUCUUUGGCUUCCUGAGCGCGGCUGUCAUCAUGAUUCUCGGCCGAUGCGCUUUCAGGUGUUAUGAGUUGAGCGAAGGAUACCAAGACUCUGAUUUGGUAACUGACGAAGGUCUCUUUAUCGGUCUCGAGGGAGUGCUCGUUGUCAUUGCCGUCUUUUGCCUCUGCAUCGGCCACCCAGGUCUUGUGUUCCGACAAUCCACUGGGAGUGAUAUUGAAAAGUGA